AUGUCCUCCAGAGCCACCAAACGCCGCAGGCUCACGCCGCCCCCCGAAGACGAGCACGACACCGCCGGCAAGGGCUCCAAGAAGAUCCAGAAGUCCUUCUUCAAGAGCGCGGCUGGCUGGAAUCUGGAGCAGGACUAUGAGAACCGUCCACGCAAGGGGAAGAAGGAGAAGAAGAACAGCAACCGGCUGCCGAUUAAGACGGCCGAUGGCCGUGUCGAACAGUACCAGUCCCUCGAGGGCGACAACAGAGAUGAUGAUGCCGCCUCGGUCGAAAGUGACGGCGAAUGGCUCGAGGGCCGCGAGGACGAGGACGCCACCGCCGAGGCCGCCGCCGAACGGCUGCGCCAGGACCGCAGGAAAGAGGAGGAAGAGUCGAACCUACCUGAGCCCGUCCAGAUCCACCAGGCCAAGGAGGAGCUCGCCAAGAUCGCCAUGGCGUUGAACGAGGACCCAGAGGAGAACGUCGGCGCCUUCAAGGCCCUCGCUAAGAUCGGCCAGUCGCGCAUUCAGGCCAUCCAAAAGCUCACGCUGGCCACCCAGCUUGCCGUCUACAAGGACGUCAUCCCGGGCUACCGCAUUCGCCCCGUCGCCGAGGACGCCCCUGUCGAGAAGCUCUCUAAGGAGGUUCGCAAGCUGCGCGCCUUCGAGCAGGCCCUCGUAUCCAACUACCAGGCCUACAUCAAGGAGCUGGCCAAGUGGGCAAAGGCCGAUAUCCCUGCCACGCGCCAGACGGGGCAGAGCAUCUCGAGCGUUGCCAUCUCCUGCGCGUGCACGCUCGUCACCGCGGUGCCGCACUUCAACUUCCGCAACGACCUCCUCAAGAUCCUCGUCAGCAAGCUCUCCAAGCGCAAGAUCGAUGCCGACUACGUGAAAUGCCGCCGAUCGCUCGAGACGCUCUUCGUCGAGGACGAGGAGGGCCGGCCCUCGAUGGAGGCCGUUUCGCUGCUGACCAAGAUGAUGAAAGCCCGCGGCUUCGCCGUCGACGAGAGCGUACCCAACCUGUUCCUCCACCUGCGCCUGCUAUCCGAGUUCGCCGGCAAGGCGUCGCAGGACCGCGUCGACCGGGAGCGAGACCCGGGCGCGCCGCCGCCGCAGUCACGCAAGAGCUUCAAGAAGGAGUUCCGCACCAAGAAGGAGCGCAAGAUGCUCAAGGAGCAAAAGGCCAUCGAGAAGGACAUGCAGCAGGCCGACGCCCUCGUCAGCCACGAGGAACGCGAGCGCAUGCAAUCCGAGACCCUCAAACUCGUGUUCGCGUCCUACUUCCGUAUCCUCAAGAUGCGCGUGCCGCAUCUCAUGGGAGCCGUCCUCGAGGGCCUGGCCAAGUACGCCCACCUCAUCAACCAAGACUUCUUUGGUGAUUUGCUGGAGGCCCUUAAGGAUCUCAUCCGCCACGCCCAGGAGGACGCCGAAGAUGCCGAGGAUGUCGAAGGCGAACAAAGCCAAGGAGCCGGCGGUGAUGACGAUGACGAAGAAGAAGAAGAUGACGACGACGGUCCGUCCCGUAACACAACCCGCGAAGCCCUGCUCUGCACCGUGACAGCCUUCGCCCUGCUCGCGGGCCAGGACGCGCACAACUCCCGUGCUCAGCUACACCUCGACCUCUCCCACUUCGUCACCCACCUCUUCACCUCGCUCCCCUCCUUCUCCAUGAACCCGGACCUCGAGCUGACCUCAAAGUCCCUGCACAUCCAGCCCUCGGCCGCCGCGGCGACACGCGACAACCGCGUGAACCUCCAGACCACCACCGUCCUGCUGCUGCGCUGUCUGACGGCCGUGCUUCUGCCCGCCUACCAGAUCCGCUCCGUCCCGCCGCUACGGCUGGCGGCUUUUUCGAAGCAGCUCAUGUCCGCGGCGCUGCACGUGCCCGACAAGUCGGCGCAGGCGGUGCUGGCACUGAUGCAGGACGUCUCGCACACACAUGGCAAGAAGAUUGCCGCCCUGUGGCGCACCGAGGAGAGGAAGGGCGACGGCACAUAUAACGCGCUGAGCGAGAGCGUCGAGGGUAGUAACCCGUUCGCAACGACAGUGUGGGAGGGCGAGCUGCUGCGGAGGCAUUUCUCACCCAAGGUGCGGGAGGGUGUCAAGUUGUUAGAAAAGGAGAUUAGUAACGCGUAA